AUGGCUGUCUCCUUGCCACCCACUUUGGGACUCAGUUCUGCACCCGAUGAAAUUCAACACCCGCAUAUUAAGUUUUCAGAGUGGAAAUUUAAGCUAUUCAGGGUGAGAUCCUUUGAAAAGACAACGGAAGAAACUCAAAAGGAUAAAAAAGAUUCUUCUGAGGGAAAACCUUCUCUGGAGCAAUCGCCAGCAGCCAUGGACAAGUCUGGUGACCAGAAGCCAGUCCCGACUCAAUCAGCUCUGAAGGGUCCCCCUAAGUUUUCAAAGAAAUCCCAUGAUGGUGGGAAAGCAAGAGACAAAGCAAUGCACCAAGCCAACCUUCGACACUUCUGCCGCAUCUGUGGGAAUUAUUUUAAGACCGAUGAGCACAACAGGAGAUACCCAGUCCACGGGCCCGUGGAUGCUAAAACCCAAGUCCUCUUACGAAAGAAGGAAAAGAGAGUCACUUCCUGGCCAGACCUCAUUGCCAGGGUUUUCCGAAUCGAUGUGAAGGCAGAUGUUGACACGAUCCACCCCACUGAGUUCUGCCAUAAUUGCUGGAGCAUCAUGCACAGGAAGUUCAGCAGUGCCCCAUGUGAGGUUUACUUCCCAAGGAAUGCAACCAUGGAGUGGCACCCCCAUGCACCAUCCUGCGACAUCUGCCACACUGCCCGCCGGGGCCUCAAGAGGAAGAGACCUCAGCCCAAUGUGCAGCUCAGCAAAAAACUCAAAACUGUGCUUGACCGAGCGAGACAAGCCCGUCGGCACAAGAGAAGAGCUCAGGCAAGGAUCAGUAGCAAGGAAGUCAUGAAGAGGAUCACCAACUGCAGUAAGAUACAUCUUAGUACCAAGCUCCUGGCGGUGGACUUCCCGGCACACUUUGUGAAAUCUAUCUCCUGCCAGAUUUGUGAGCACAUUCUGGCUGACCCUGUGGAGACCAGCUGUAAGCAUGUAUUUUGCAGGAUCUGCAUUCUCAGAUGCCUCAAAGUCAUGGGCAGCUAUUGUCCCUCUUGCCGAUAUCCCUGCUUCCCCACUGACCUAGAGAGUCCAGUGAAGUCCUUUCUGAGCAUCUUGAAUUCCCUGGUGGUCAAAUGUCCAGCAAAAGAGUGCAAUGAGGAGGUCAGCUUGGAAAAAUAUAAUCACCAUGUCUCAAGCCACAAGGAAUCAAAAGAGACCUUCGUGCAUAUUAAUAAAGGAGGCAGACCCCGUCAACAUCUUCUGUCACUCACUCGGAGAGCUCAGAAGCACCGGCUGAGGGAGCUGAAACUGCAAGUCAAAGCUUUUGCUGACAAAGAAGAAGGUGGAGAUGUGAAGUCUGUGUGCCUGACUUUGUUCCUGCUGGCCCUGAGGGCAAGAAAUGAGCACAGACAAGCCGAUGAGCUGGAGGCCAUCAUGCAGGGACGGGGCUCUGAUCUGCAGCCUGCUGUUUGCUUGGCCAUUCGUGUCAACACCUUCCUCAGCUGCAGUCAGUACCACAAGAUGUACAGGACUGUGAAAGCCAUCACAGGGAGGCAGAUUUUUCAGCCUCUGCACGCCCUUCGCAACGCAGAGAAGAUCCUUCUGCCAGGUUACCAUCCCUUUGAGUGGCAGCCACCUCUGAAGAAUGUGUCUUCCAACACGGAUGUUGGCAUUAUUGAUGGGCUGUCUGGACUUUCCUCCUCGGUGGAUGAUUACCCAGUAGACACCAUUGCAAAGAGGUUCCGCUAUGAUGCAGCUUUGGUGUCUGCCUUGAUGGACAUGGAAGAAGACAUUUUGGAAGGCAUGAGAUCCCAAGACCUUGAUGACUACCUGAAUGGUCCCUUCAUCGUAGUGGUGAAGGAAUCUUGUGAUGGAAUGGGAGAUGUGAGCGAGAAGCAUGGGAGUGGGCCGGCAGUUCCAGAAAAGGCAGUUCGUUUUUCAUUCACCAUCAUGAAAAUUACCAUAGCCCACGGCUCACAGAAUGUGAAGGUGUUCGAGGAGGCCAAACCUAACUCUGAGCUGUGUUGCAAGCCAUUGUGCCUUAUGCUGGCAGAUGAGUCUGACCAUGAGACGCUGACCGCCAUCCUGAGCCCUCUCAUUGCCGAGAGGGAAGCCAUGAAGAGCAGUGAACUAAUGCUGGAGAUGGGAGGCAUCCUCAGGACCUUCAGGUUCAUCUUCAGGGGAACUGGAUAUGAUGAAAAGCUUGUCCGGGAAGUGGAAGGCCUUGAGGCGUCUGGCUCAGUCUACAUUUGUACACUUUGUGAUGCCACCCGCUUGGAAGCCUCUCAAAAUCUUGUCUUCCACUCCAUAACCAGAAGCCAUGCUGAGAAUCUGGAACGCUAUGAGGUCUGGCGCUCCAACCCGUACCACGAGUCCGUGGAGGAACUGCGGGAUCGAGUGAAAGGGGUCUCUGCCAAACCUUUUAUUGAGACAGUGCCUUCCAUAGAUGCACUCCACUGUGACAUUGGCAAUGCGGCUGAGUUCUACAAGAUCUUCCAGCUAGAGAUAGGAGAGGUAUAUAAAAAUCCCAACGCCUCCAAAGAGGAAAGGAAACGAUGGCAGGCCACACUGGACAAGCAUCUCCGGAAGAAGAUGAACCUAAAACCAAUCAUGAGGAUGAAUGGCAACUUUGCCAGGAAGCUCAUGACGAAAGAGACCGUUGAGGCAGUGUGCGAAUUAAUCCCUUCUGAGGAGCGGCAUGAAGCUCUCCGGGAGCUAAUGGACCUUUACCUGAAGAUGAAACCCGUGUGGCGCUCCUCAUGCCCUGCUAAAGAGUGCCCAGAGUCCCUCUGCCAGUAUAGUUUCAAUUCUCAGCGUUUUGCUGAGCUCCUUUCUACCAAGUUCAAGUAUAGAUAUGAGGGCAAGAUCACCAACUAUUUUCACAAAACCUUGGCACAUGUGCCUGAAAUUAUCGAGAGGGAUGGCUCUAUCGGGGCAUGGGCAAGUGAGGGAAAUGAAUCUGGCAAUAAACUAUUUAGGCGUUUCCGGAAAAUGAAUGCCAGGCAGUCCAAGUGCUAUGAAAUGGAAGAUGUCCUGAAACACCACUGGCUGUAUACUUCCAAAUAUCUCCAGAAGUUUAUGAAUGCUCAUAAUGCAUUAAAAAACUCUGGGUUUACCAUGAACUCAAAGGCAAAUGUAGGGGACCCAUUAGGCAUAGAGGACUCUCUGGAAAGCCAAGAUUCAAUGGAGUUUUAA